AUGACUUCCAAGGAGAUCUCACAACAGGCUACACGAGUGGUCAGCUCAGUGCUAGCAGUCUGUUUCUUUACCAGUUGUGCUGUGAUGGGCAGAGUGUCUACCCUCCGCCUGGAUGGUUCCUACCCCAGAUGCGAACCUAUCACAGUCAAGAUGUGCAAGGACAUGCGCUACAAUCUGACCAGGAUGCCAAACUUGGCUGGUCAAGACAACCAGAUUGAGGCUGAGGCUCGAAUUCAGGACUUCCUGCCGCUGGUUCAAACAAACUGCUCUCCCUUGCUGAAGUUCUUCCUCUGCUCACUCUACGCGCCAAUGUGCACGGAGCUUGUGGGAGAGACCUUGACGAUCCCAGCCUGCAAGUCCAUGUGCCUCCAGGUGAAGUCCAAGUGUGAGCCGUUGCUGCAGACCUUUAACUUUGAAUGGCCGGAAAUGCUGGCCUGCGAAAAGCUGCCGGAGAAGUCAGAUCCCAGAAACAACCUAUGCAUGGCGGCGCCCAACGGAACAGGUGAACCGGAUCUGGAUUCUGGUCCUUUGUUGCGAGCAAGGCUGCAAGAUAUUCACACAGACCUGGGGAAGCUGGAUACUAACUUAGACUGGAGGGCGCUACUCAAGGAAAAGUUUAUCAAGAAUCCUCACCUGCUGCUCACAUCUGACAUUGCUAAGGAGAAAGAUCCAGUGUCGUUACUCCCGGAUCCUUGUCCUCCCAGGUUCGUCUUUGUGGACAACAUCCCAAGUUCCAACAACGCAUGUGCGCCUCGCUGUGACGUAGAUGUACUGUUUAGACAUGAGGACAAGAAAUUUGCCGAGGCCUGGAUAACUGUCUGGGCGUCUCUGUGCUUCGUCUCCACGCUUCUAACGGUUGCUACAUGUGCUGUGGACCCUGCCCGGUUCAGAUAUCCAGAGAGACCAAUCAUAUUCCUGGCAGUGUGUUACUUACUUCAGUCAGUUGCUUACAUCAUCCGAGCGGCUAUAGGUGCCGAGGCUGUGUCUUGUGAUACAGCCAAGGACGGAGGACUUUUUGUGAUCCAGGAAGGUCUGGAGAACGCCUGGUGUAUCAUCGUAUUUCUCCUUCUCUACUUCUUUGGAAUGGCGUCCUGUAUUUGGUGGGUGGUUCUGGCGAUAACCUGGUUCCUGGCAUCUGGACAGAAGUGGGGUCAGCAGGCAAUAGAAGGACUGUCCAGCUACUUCCACAUGGCAGCUUGGACCAUCCCUGCUGUGAAGACAAUUAUUCUGGUCACCAUGAGAAGAGUGGACGGCGACGAGCUGACCGGUCUGUGUUACGUGGGGAAUCAACAUCCCAUGUUCCUGACCUUCUUUGUACUCAUCCCUCUUCUUGUUUACCUUCUAGCAGGUCUGGUUUUUAUCCUGGCCGGCUUCGCCUCCAUGAUGCGCAUCCGACGCAAUCUUAAACAAGAUGGCAGCAACGGCAACAUCCGCAAGCUGGAAAAACUCAUGGCAAAAGUCAGCGUGUACUCCGUCCUCUACACAGUUCCGGCUGUUUGUGUCAUCGGCUGUCAUUUCUAUGAAAGGAUCAAUUUUGAGCACUGGAGAAAACAAGCAAUGAGUUUGUCUUGUCCAGUUCAGGGGAGUUCUCAUGCAGCGUCUGAAGACUCUCAGCGAUGUCCGCUAGAGCACUCCAUCCCCACGUCAGAGAUUUACAUGCUGAAGCUCUUCAUGUCUCUGGUCAUUGGAAUCACUAGCGGCAUGUGGGUCUGGAGCGGCAAGACCGUGAACUCUUGGAGGGGAUUCUUCUCUCGGCGACUGUUUCGCCGAAAGACCAACAACUUCCACAUCGAAUACCGACCCGGACCUCCUGUGAUUAUGUUGAAGAACAGUCAGUACGGCGGGUCUAAAAUUAGCAGUCACGUGGGCAGUCAUACAAACACAAAAGUACUGGUGUCUAAUGUUUAA